AUGGCCGCCGCGCCCCAGCUGGGCACAGUGCCGGCCGGCGAACGCGCCAGUUCCCGCCAAAACCUCCUGUCAAACACCAGUGCUGCCACUCUUCAAUUUCUCUUAAGAAAAAUGAGUGCGCUUUUACUCAUCACUCUAUGUGCCCUAUUUAUAUACAAACUUUUUUCUCGCCGAACUGUCACAUGGAAAAAGGUUUCCAAAUAUGGCGACGGCACCGUUCUAAAUUUGAAACAGGCCCCUGGACCUAUUGCUUUGCCUGUUAUAGGCAGUAUGCAUUUGUUAGGCAAAUUUGAAUCCCCUUUUCAGUCCUUUACGGAAUUAAGUCAGAGUUAUGGCGAUAUUUAUAGUAUUAAAUUGGGUUCUUCUGAGUGUUUGGUGGUGAACAGUUUGGAGCUUAUUAGGGAGGUUUUGAAUCAAAAUGGAAAGUUUUUCGGCGGUCGUCCAGAUUUCUUGAGGUUCCACAAAUUGUUUGCUGGCGACCGGAAUAAUUCUCUGGCUUUAUGCGAUUGGUCGAAUCUGCAGUUGCGCAGACGAAAUCUGGCGCGACGUCACUGCGGGCCCAAGCAGCAUACUGACAACUUCACCAAAAUCGGCUCAGUAGCCACUUUCGAGGCAGUAGAGUUAGUUCAAACCCUGAGAAACAUCACCCGAUCAACUACGGACAGUAUCGAUAUAAAACCCUUGCUUAUGUCAACAGCCAUGAAUAUGUUUUCGAACUACAUGUGCAAUGUACGCUUCGAUACCGAAAACGAUCAAGAAUUCCGAAAAGUAGUCGAUCAUUUCGAUGAAAUAUUCUGGGAAAUCAAUCAAGGGUACGCCGUUGAUUUUCUUCCUUGGUUAGCACCGUUUUAUAAGAAACAUAUGGACAAGCUAUCCAAUUGGUCUCAGGAAAUCCGCUCUUUUAUCCUAUCAAGAAUUGUAGAGCAGAGAGAAAUCAACUUAGAUAUGGAGGGACCAGAAAAGGACUUCCUUGAUGGUUUAUUAAGAGUUCUGUAUGAUGAUCCAACUGUGGAUAGAAACACGAUAAUUUUUAUGCUUGAAGACUUUCUAGGUGGGCAUUCUUCUGUGGGUAACUUGGUUAUGCUCUGUUUGACAGCUGUAGCUAGAGACCCUGAAGUUGGAAAGAAAAUAAGAGCCGAAAUUGAUGGUGUUACUAAAGGUAAACGUGCUGUGACAUUAACAGAUCGAAUGUCCAUGCCGUACACAGAAGCAACAAUAUUGGAAUGCCUGCGAUACGCAUCGUCCCCAAUAGUUCCGCAUGUAGCCACGGAAAACGCAAACGUCGCUGGAUACGGAGUCGAAAAAGGCACAAUUGUAUUCAUAAACAAUUACGAAUUGAAUACUUCACCUAAAUACUGGAACCAACCGGAGAAAUUCGAUCCAUCAAGGUUUCUAGAACGUACCAAAGUUAGAGCUAGACGCAACUCCCAGUGUGAUUCAGGAAUGGAAUCAGAUAGUGAAAGAUCAGGUCCCAUUAACAGAGUAACAGAUUUCGAAAAGGAAAUAGUUUCGGUUAAGAAGAACAUACCACAUUUCUUACCAUUCAGCAUCGGUAAGAGGACGUGUAUAGGUCAAACUUUGGUUACAACGAUGAGCUUUGUUAUGUUCGCGAAUAUCAUUCAAGAGUUUGACGUCGGAGCGGUAGAUGUGGAGGAUCUGAGACAGAAACCCGCCUGUGUGGCUCUGCCUAAAGACACGUAUAACUUGUACUUACUGCCUAGGAAACACUGAACUGAAUUCGACUUAUGCCUUACUUUAGAUAAAUACCCUGACUCAUUCUGUGGCUUUGAUUCGUAA